AUGGCUGCGCUGCAGCAGGUUAUGACCGACGGCAUGGCCAUGCAGCAGCUCGCUCAGCUUAUGGGCGGCCAAGGUGGUGGGCAGCAAGAUCCAUACGGAGGAAUGUAUGGGGGUAUGGGCGGCGGCGGACAGAAUCCGUAUGGCGGCAUGUAUGGUGGUCAAGGUGGUCAGGGCCAAGGCGGACAGGGAGGCGGCGUUAAAGACUAUCGCGAUAUGCCAUAUCUGAAUACCUAA